AAGAAAGCAGUGAAAGAUUAUAAAUAUCAGAAAGAAGAAAAUUAAAGAGAUUUAAUUUCAUAAUUCAGCAUGCGAUCAUAUACAGUGUUUAUAAGUUUUUGCCUGGUCCAUCUAGGACCCUGGUACACAGUUAACUCUUCUAUUCUUACAGAUAUGGAAAGACCAGUUCCUGUAACACAAACAGUUGCCCAACUUGGUUCCACUGGGUUCCUGUCCUGUGAUGUUCUCUCCUCCGGUAGCAAAGACGAUAUUGAGCUUAUUCUGUGGUUUAAGGAUAAUGCCACUAAACCAAUGUACAGUGUUGAUGUCAUGAGUAAACCUCUAAAAGCUGCAUCACAAUGGUCUGACACCAGCCCGCUGGGAAUCCGGUCAACUUUCAGCUCUGUAGAAGAUAAAACUGGACUCAUCAUUGAUCAAGUUCUACCACAGGAUGCUGGCAUGUACCGGUGUACAGUGGAUUACAAAAACUCUCCGACGAAAUCUCACAAAAUUAAGUUUUCUGUAAUAGUUCCACCUGGCCGUCCUUCCAUCCUUAAUGAAGCUGGACAAAACAUCCUCAGUCAUGAUGUUGGUCCUUUCGAGGUCGGGGACAGUUUAGAGGUCACAUGUGUUGUUCAAGGAGUGUUUCCAACGGCCCUGGAGAUCCUGGAGAAGCCGACAUAUGUAUCGGAGGGUAGGGAUAGAGAAGUGACAUGUAGAGCUGUUGGAGGAUUCCCUCCUCCCUCUAUACAAUGGUGGAUAGGAACUAAACAACUAGAUCCGACAUAUCAGAACUCUGAAUACCAGGGAGUGGCUACCAGUAAGCUUCUGUACAAACCUAUAAUAGAAGAUGAUGGAAGAUAUCUGACCUGUAAGAUUAUAGUUUCUGGAAGAUUAGAGAAGGUUCUGGAAGAUUCAUGGGAGAUCAAAGUUCUCUGUAAAGAGCCGAAAAAUGGUAUCGUGAAAAUAUUCUCUCACUCCCAGGUUAUAAUGCAGGGAAAGGGAGUCGAACUAUCUGCUAAUCCUGAACAAGGUAUAAUUAGGAGCACACAAAGCUUAGUACUCCAGGGAGUAAACAGAAAUUCAAGUGGAGAGUACUCAUGUCAGGCAAUAAAUUCUGAAGGAUUUGGAGUAAGCAGAACCCUCUCCUUAAAUAUCAUGUAUGCUCCAGUCUGCAUUAGUAAUGAUGAUGUACCAUUGAUGUUAUCUGCAGAAAUAGAUACUCCAACAGUUAUCAGCUGUCAGGUUGAUGCUUUUCCGCCCACGGUGAAUUUUCGUUGGUUCUUUAAUAACUCUGAGAUUGAAGAAUGGAUUGGAACAGAUAGUUUUCAUCAAGCUGGGUUAGCUUCUUCAUUGCAGUUCGUUCCUAAAUCAUCUAAGGACUAUGGAUCCCUAUUUUGUAUGAGUGAGAAUGCAGUUGGUCAGAUGUCUAAACCCUGUAGUUUCCAGAUACUUCCAACAGGAAGACCAUCGGCAUUGACUGAGUGUCAAGUUACAAACAAAACUCUCUCUUCGAUGAAGAUCGAAUGUCAAGAAGGAUUUGACGGAGGACUACCGGCUAACUUUCUUCUUCAAGUCUUCGAAACUGAGAAUAUGGAAUUGAGAUUUCAAGCUACAAACAAAGUUCCUGUUUUUGAGGUUUCACAUCUAGAUCUAGGAUCUGACCUCAAGAUCUAUCUUUAUGCAGAAAAUGUGAAGGGUAUGAGUGAGGCUGUGGUUUUGGAGGAAGCUAUGCCAGGGUCUGGUUCCCACGUAGUUGUGACGAAUCCUAAACUGUGGAAGGAUGCUGCAUCUAAUACUGAACCUGGUCAGGACUCACCACUUACAAUAAUCAUCUCUGUUGCAGCAGGAGGUUGUGUUGUGUGUCUCUCUCUACUAGUUGCUGUCCUCCUGUGUGGAAGAAAGAGAAUCCGUGGGUUUGGAGGCCAACCUACUGAUGAAAGUGAACUAAGUGGAGAUUUAUUAGGCUCUACUGCUUAUACACAAGUAGGAGGAGGUACAGAUUAUGAUUAUGGAUCUAAUCAAGAAGACUCUAGUCGGGGAUACACAACAAAUCCUGAUCUCAUUCCACAUCAAAAAUAUGUGUAUGGAGGUGAAUACCAGCAUGAGUUACCAGGAAGAUCUAACAAAAGAAAAAUCACUGAGACUCCACCCUCACAAUUAUCUCUUAUAUCAACUAAUCUUCCUCCCCCCAGUGGAUAUGGGGAGGUGAUAUCUGUUCAGAGAGUAAGAAAUAAACCUACAGAAACAGGUUCUUCUGGUCCUGGGAGUGUGAUUAAACCCUAUGAAAUAUGUACAUUAGACAGAAAACAACAAAACACAAGUCAUCCAUCUUACCCUCUCUACCAUACAUGUACAAGGAAGAAGAGAGUCACCAUCUUAGAACAAGGGAAGGAAGAAAGUGAAGUAUAAAUGGUGUCACAAUAUAAUUAAAUGAAUAUACAAAUAUAAUUCUGAUUUACAUGUAUAUAUAUAUAUAUAUAGU